AUGUCCGAGUCACCUGUAAAGACUAGUGACAUUUCCCUGACUAGCCAGGAAGUCAUCGGUGAAAAGUCCGGUGCUAAUCUGCAUGUUGCAAAAGAUGAGCACGCACACAGUGACGAUGGCCUCGGCGACAAUCCAGACGCGAUUAUCGUUACCGGUGCUGAUGCAGCUCAUCAUCUGCUGCCUCUCCGGGAUGACUUUGACAGCGUCUUAACCGUUCGCAGUAUAUUCCUUGCGUCCGGUCUUUCCUGUUUCCAGGCUGUGAUGUACCAGAUCUAUCAGUUCAAACCGACCUCCGUUACAAUUCAGGGAACCUUUAUCGUGCUCAUCUCUUACUUCCUCGGCAAUGGCUGGGCUAAAUUCCUGCCCCGGGGCGAUAAAUUUGAAGCUCGCUGGAGGGCGAAAAAUGGCGAGGGAAAACUACCUUGGUGGAUCACGGCGAUGAAAUUUAUCAAUCACGGGGAAUGGAGUCUCAAAGAGCACGCCAUAUGUUCGAUUACUGCUACCUCGGCCUCCAAUGCUUCCAGUUCCUCGAUGGUGUUUGCAGCACAAGAUCUAUUCUACAAUCUCCCCUUGAGUGCGGCGACUGUGAUAUUGAGUACUAUCUCUAUCGGUUUAUUUGGCUAUGGAGUCUGUGGAGUUAUGCGUCCUAUCGCUGUCUGGCACACCGAGGCCGUCUACUGGAGUACUUUGCCUACUGUUAAGACUCUCCAGGGGCUUCAUUGGCAGGAUGUCAAAAAUUCGAAGCCACUAAAAUACUUCUGGUAUGCAUUUUGUGGCAUGGCGGUGUACGAGACCAUUCCUGCCUACAUCUUCCCGUGGUUAAACUCUGUUUCUAUUCCGUGCCUGGCUGCACAAAAGGCCACUGGUGAAACUGCCUCCGUACUCAACAAUGUCUUUGGCGGCGCCACCAACAAUCAAGGUCUUGGCCUAUUCACGCUCUCGUUCGAUUGGCAAUAUAAGCAGCUCACAUCCUUCCAAACCUCCCUCCCCCUCAAACUACAAAUCCAUCAGGCUUUAGGGUUUGCUGCCUGUUUUGUUGCUAUGAUAGGCAUAUACUAUGGCAAUGCCUGGGAUGCGAAAUCACUUCCAUUCAUGUCGACAAGAAUGCUUCAGAGCAAUGGCACCACAUACCCUUUGAACGCUGUCUUUCCCGGUGGUGUUCUCGACGAAGCCGCUAUGGGUGAAUAUGGGCUGCCGAAGCUCACUGGAACGUUCGCAUUCGCGAUGUUUAUGACCAACGCAGCAAUCGGUGCCCUGAUCGUCCAUACUGUUCUAUUUUGGGGGAAGGAUAUUCUGAAGGCCUAUAAAAGCGCGAGGGAAGGUCGAUAUGACGAUCCGCACCACGAGCAUAUGGUGAAGCAUUAUAAAGAGGCUCCGUGGUGGUGGUAUAUCACCGUGCUUGUGGGUAGUUUCGUUCUUGGUAUAAUUGUCACCACGAAAGAGAACAUCACCUUGUCAGCUUGGGCAUAUGUUGUCUCACUCGCGCUCGGAUGCAUUAUUGCACCCUUUAGUACCAUCCUCUACUCUCGAUUUGGUAAUGGCAUUGCUACCAAUAAUUUGUCAAAAAUGCUGGCUGGGCUCAUCCUUCCUGGACGCCCGAUCGGUAACAUGUACUUUGCUGCUUGGUCGCAUAAUGUCAUCACCAAUGCGGUUAAUCUUUCCAACGAUCUGAAGAUGGGCGAAUACCUGAAAAUCCCUCCACGUAUCAUGUUCCUGACACAAAUUUAUGGCACAGUCCUUGGCGGUUUCAUCAACUACGCCAUUAUGAUCUCCAUUGUGUCGGGCAAUCGAGAGCUUCUCUCCGAUGGCGAUGGAAACUCCUCCUGGAGUGGUGCAACUAUACAGUCUUACAACACCAAUGCCGCAUCAUGGGCUCUGGCUCCUUACAUCUAUAAGAUUGGCACUCCAUACGGGGCUGUACCUCUUGGCUUGAUUGCUGGCGCUGGUGUAGUAAUGAUUCACGCUAUCUUCCACCGAUUCGUGCCCAAAAUUGGAAAAUUCGACACUUCGGAGAUCAAUCUACCGCAGUUCAUCCAAUACGCCGGCUACAUUCCCUACAACCAAAGCCAGACCUGUGUCAUCUUCACCUGGAUCAUCGCCGGAUUCUACGUUCAGUUUUAUCUCCGAAACUACAAGCCUCGAAUUUUCAGGGACUAUUCCUAUCUGAUUGCGGGAGCCUUUGAUGGCGCUAGUCUGAUGGUUCUCUUCAUUCUCUCAUUUGCUGUUUUCGGAGCUGGUGGAGUCUCACACCCAUUCCCCUCGUGGUGGGGAAACAACGAGAAUGGUCACUAUGAUUGGUGUCCAGCAGCAGAAUAG